GGAUACACAGUGUAGAUCGCCAUCUGAGGUGCAGGGCAGGUACACCAGAUGGGGCCUGUGUCAUUACAGACAUUUGGCAUCUGAUUAGUAAACCUAGAGCGUUGUCCCGUCAGAGUAAAGCAGGAGGAGGAGCCGGUUCAAGAGCUUUGUGCCGCUGUCACUGUGGUGCACACUCGUUUUGGGCCUGCGUCACAUGCUCCGACUCUGUAGUGCCGCAGUUUAUCUACAGUAUUCCUCCUGACUUGACUGGAUAGAGGAUACGGUCGUUGUGUGAGGUGCUGUGGUUGCAGGGAGAAGGCACCAUAGCUCUCUUCUGGUUUUAGACAUGUUGAUUACAGGGUGGUAUUUGUAUCUUACAGCUCGGAGCAUCCUCCAACAAACAUUGAACAUGGCCUCUAUCCUUCAGAAGCUCAUGACCCCCCUGGUCAGUGGGAACCCGGAGCCACCCAGGAACAAGGUGACGGUGGUGGGGGUCGGCCAGGUGGGCAUGGCCUGUGCUUUUAGCAUCCUGCUCAGGGAGCUAGCUGAUGAGCUGGCCUUGGUGGACGUGAUGGAAGACAAGCUGAAGGGAGAGAUUAUGGAUCUGCAGCACGGCAGCCUCUUCCUUAAAACACCCAAGAUAGUCGCAGGCAAAGACUACUCUGUGACGGCUAACUCUCGCAUCGUCGUGGUAACGGCGGGCGUACGUCAACAGGAAGGAGAGAGCAGGUUGAAUCUGGUUCAGAGGAAUGUCAACAUCUUUAAACACAUCAUCCCUCAGAUCAUCAAACACUCCCCCAACUGCAUCAUCAUCGUGGUCUCCAACCCAGUUGAUGUGCUGACCUAUGUGACCUGGAAGUUGAGUGGCCUGCCCAAGCACCGCGUCAUCGGCAGUGGCACCAACCUGGACUCCGCCCGAUUCCGUUACCUGAUGGCAGACAAACUGGGCAUCCACACUACCAGCUUCAACGGAUGGAUCCUGGGAGAACACGGAGACACCAGCGUGCCUGUGUGGAGCGGUGCUAACGUAGCAGGCGUUAACCUGCAGACGCUGAACCCUGACAUCGGUACUGAUGCUGACCAGGAGAACUGGAAGGAGACACACAAGCAGGUGGUCGACAGUGCCUAUGAAGUGAUCACGCUGAAGGGCUAUACUAACUGGGCCAUUGGCCUGAGUGUGGCUGACCUGACAGAGAGUCUGCUCAGGAACAUGAACAGAAUCCACCCUGUCUCUACCAUGGUCAAGGGCAUGUACGGGGUCAAGGACGAGGUGUACCUGAGUCUGCCGUGUGUCCUGAACGCUGGGGGCGUGGCCAGCGUGAUUAACAUGACCCUGACGGAUAAUGAGAUUGGCCAAUUAAAACAGAGCGCUGACACACUGUGGGGCAUACAGAAGGACCUGACGGAUGUGUAACAGAACAAGAGGGGGCGCCACACUCCACUCACCACCAGGCUGCGUCCCAAUAAUAUCUCCUUCACAAUUUUCGAAUCUACAAAAUGUAUCUAAUCUUAUAAUCUAGAUUCACACAAUCCAAAAGCAUUGGAUCGCUGGAGGCAUGGGCCAGUGCGAGUUUACAUCAGUAAUUUCCUUUCAAAUCAAUGAAGGGAAGGGAGUCCCGUGUAGCUCAGUUGGUAGAGCAUGGUGUUUGCAACGCCAGGGUUGUGGGUUCGAUUCCCACGGGGGACCAGUACGGAGAAAAAAUGUAUGAAAUGUAUGCAUUCACUACUGUAAGUCGCUCUGGAUAAGAGCGUCUGCUAAAUGACUAAAAUGUAAAUGGAACUAGUGCACAUUUUUGGAGGAAGGUUAGAUAAUUGGGACAGAUCCCCACUCUCUUGAUCACCUAUAACUCAACGUAUGCCACUUAGCAAACAGUCGCUUUUAUCCAAAAAGACUUUCAGUUCAGGGAAUGGAUAUAUUUUGAAUGUGUAUUUGUUCCCUGCAUUCAUUUUAAAUGUUUGAACUCACUACUGUAAGUCGUUCUGGAUAAGAGUCUGCUAAAUGACGUAAAUGUAAUUGAACCUGAAACUUUUCCAUUGCUAGCACUGCACUACACUCUUAACUGGGCUACACAGUAAAAAAAUGACUCGACUUCCAAAAAUACUCUGUGUCACUGCUCCCAUUUUACACUCUAGUACUGUUCUUAGCUUCCCUGUUAUCUGGGAGGGAGUUUGGGUCACCAUAGAAAUAGAACCUAUUUGUUCUAUUUCUAUGUUGGUCUCAUGGGCACUUGGUUUGAGAGUUACUUUGUACAUGACUGCUUUACUGGAAAAGGGGCAGAUUACAGCGUCUUUGGGUUGGUGAACAGCACUAUAAAAAUAACAUUUAUUCAGGUGUGGGAUCAGCAAAAGCUUCAGUCAUUUGUCCUUGUCAGAAUGAAGGGAAAUACAAUCUGUCAAUCAUGUUUGAUGUGUAAAUGAAUAAAGCAAGAUUAUUUAUUG